AUGACUAGAGGAAGGCAAGAUCGGAGUCAGUGGGAUAUUACAGGAAUAUUCAGGAAGGAGCAGGUGUGCAUGAGGGUAACCUUUCAUCUUGGCGAAGAUGAGGUCCCCAGGUUUGAAGUCGCGAGUCAUGUUUCGGGGGUGGGGGGCGAGGCCCCGGAGGAGGUGCGGCUACGCGGGCGGCGAAAGGAUGCGGACGGCGGACGGACGGAAACCCACGCUCCCGGGCCGGCGGGCGGGGAGGAUGCCUCGGGGCGUCCCGACGCGCCUGCCGAGGCCGCGGACGCUGAGGCUGCGGUUGCUCUCAAGGAUGAGACAAGGAAAUGUCCAGAAGUGUCAGAAUUUAUUCUUUCGGGUCUAACAAGCCAUCCAGAUUUGCAAGUUGCUUUCUUUAUAUUGUUCCUUGCUGUCUACAUAGUCACUAUGGUGGGAAACCUGGGCAUGAUUUUUUUAAUCAAAAUUGAUUGUCGACUUCACACUCCCAUGUACUUUUUUCUCUCAAGUUUGUCCAUUCUAGAUCUGUGUUUCUCCACAAAUGUCACUCCCAUAAAGCUAGAAAAUUUCUUAUUGGAGAAGACCAUUUCAUAUGAAGGUUCUUUGGAGCAGUGCCUUAUUGUCAUUGCUGUGGUCCUUACAGAGCACUGCAUGUUGGCUGUCAUGGCAUAUGACUGCUACGUGGCCAUCUGUAAUCCACUGCUCUACAGUAGCAAGAUGUCCAGGAGUGUCUGUGUCCACCUGGUCAUUGUCCCUUUUGUUUAUGGCUUCCUCCUCAGUGUGAUGGAAACUCUGAGGACCUACAACCUCUCAUUCUGUGGUGCUAAUGAAAUCAACCAUUUCUACUGUGCUGAUCCUCCUCUUAUCAAACUGGCAUGCUCUGACACCUACAGCAAAGAGUCGUCCGUGUACAUAGUAGCUGGCUACAGCAAUGUCCAGUCCCUCCUGAUCAUUCUGACAUCCUACGUGUUCAUCCUUGUCACUAUCCUAGAAGGGAGAAAAAAAGCUUUUUCCACAUGUGGCUCCCACCUGACAGUAGUCACAAUCGUCUAUGGGACCCUCUUCUGUAUGCAUUUGAGACGACCCACAGAGGAAUCCGUAGAGCAGGGCAAAAUGGUGGCUGUGUUCUACACCACAGCGAUUCCCAUGCUGAAUCCCAUGAUCUAUGGCCUCAGGAACAAGGAUGUAAAAGAGGCAUUGAGAAAAGCAAUAGGCAAUCAAAAAUUAGGAAAAUAA